AUGGCCUCCAAGAAGACCAAGUCCGCCACCUCUGGCGAUGAUAUCGACGACCUAUUCGAGGGCAUCGGCGACAACGCCGCCCCCAAGAAGUCGCUCGAGAAGAAGUCCAACAAGCCCACCACCGCCGCCUCCAAGGCCCUGGCCGACCAAGACAUCUUGGCCGAGCUCGAGAAGGACCUCGAGCAGCCUUCCCGUCCGCACACGCCCCGUCUUAAGGAGUCGGCCGCCAAGGGAAUUCCCAAGCGCUCCGCAACCCCUACCAUCGACGACAAGUCCGCCGCCGCGCCCCGCAAGUCCACCGACAGCGCCCGAUCCCUCCGCGCGAGCUUUACCCCGAGCGCUACGAGCUCCGAUCUGCAAGAACCCGACAAGAAGCCCGCCGAACAGUCCGCUCCCACCUCAUCGACCGCCGUGCCCGAGGCUGCUGCCUCCGCCGCUGGGGGUGGUGGUGGUUGGUGGGGAGGCAUCUUCAACACCGCGACCGCCGCCAUGAAGCAGGCAGAGGCCGCUGUCAAGGAGAUCCAGAAGAACGAGGAUGCCAAGAAGUGGGCCGAGCAGGUGCGAGGAAACGUUGGUGGCCUCAGGGCUCUCGGAGACAACCUUCGCCAGCAAGCACUCCCGACCUUCACCAAUAUCCUCCAUACCAUCGCUCCUCCCAUCAGCUCCCACGAACGGCUGCUCAUCCACAUCACCCACGACAUGGUCGGGUACCCUUCGCUCGACCCCUUGAUCUACGGCACCUUUUCGCGCGUCAUGUCCCAGGUGGAAGGCGGCGAGCUGAUGGUCAUCCAACGCGUCCAGGAGAACACCAGCCGCAGACACUCCAAUGACAGCGCCGCGGGCUGGCGAGACGGCCCUUGGUGGAGACAGUCCGACUCUCCCAGAGACCUCGGCUUGAUCAAGGGACUAACCGAGGGUACCAAGCUUUGCCGUGCAGGCGCCGAGGGCUACGCCAACGAGUACUUUGGUGCCCACGGAGGAAUCGAGCAGGCCAGAGUGCGGGCCACCGAGCCCUUGAGCGAGGACAACCCCGUGCGCAGCUCCGACCUGUUUCUUGCCAUCCAGGCGGUGGGCACCACGUCUGACUUGGCCCUCUUUGCCUGCACGGCGGCUGUCGAGAAGGAGAAGGAGGCCUCGACCGUGGCCGAGCAGGACGAGGCGGACGAGAUGGUCUGCUUUGCCGUCUUCUGUUUGGACCCAGUGCACGAGAUCGAGUUCUCGACUAUCAGCCAGUCCAUCCCGGCCAAGUGGAUCCGCUGGCUGGACGCCUCCAACCCGCUGACCCCCGCCAGCGGCGAAGACGGCCAGGAGCCCUCUUUGAACCAGUCCAUCCCCGACGAGAUCCGCGAGAUUGUUGAGAGCGGCGGCGUUGACCCCCGCGAGUGGGUUGCUGAGUGGAUCGAGGAGCUGCUGAGCCUCGCCGUCGGCAUCGUUGCGCAGAGAUACGUCGCCAGGAGGAUGGGGGUUGGUGAGGGAGGCAUUGGCAAGGGCAAGAGGAGAAUGGACGAUCUCGUCCAGGACGGCGGCGGCGAGGCGGCCCGGGCUGGGCUAAUCUGA